AUGUCGAUAUCUAUACCUAAAAUUCGGGCGCGGAACCCAAGCGCAGAUGCGCCAGACGACACUGACAGGCUUCAGGAAGACAUUCGACCUACCCAGAGUGAAUCCGACGCAGCCGAAGUUGAAGUCGAAGUACCGCCUGUCACAUCCACACGCUCUGGUUCAGUUGUAUCGCGUCCCACCCUCCAAACCAGUGAUCUUUCACGCCAAACAACCGACUCUCUGAACUCGCCCAAUUCGAAUAGACUAUCACCCAGACCUCAAGACAAGCCCUUCAACGAUAUCGCCAUCGACCCUUUAUCGCAGCAUAUCUUAAAAAGAACAGGGAGCCAGUUUACGUACCAACAGAGGUUACGACGUCAGGAUACCAAUGAUAGCACCCAUGGAUCUCUUGGCGAGGACUCAGCGAACUCGUUCAAGGGUAGUGGGACAGCCACGCCUCCUGUUCGAAAGAUGGACUUGAACUUACCAUCUCUGCAAAUGGGAAGCAAGGACAAGAAGAAAGGAGUAUCGUUCCUCAGCCGUUUCAUUGGAGGUGGCAAACGAAAAGAACCUACAGUCAACGAAGAAGAUGAUAGUGAAUCAGUCAUUGAGCAGCGAACUGAAGGGCUCGAUGCAGCUGUAUUUUCUCAACCUAUCGGCUUCACACCGAAGUUCCCGCCUCCUCCAAAGUACAUCCGUAUACGCUCGCACAACAAGCAUACCAAAGACUUUAAUCACGUUUUCCUCGCACAGGAGUUGUUCAAGAACCCCAAUCCGAUAAAAGAUGCAAGGAAUGUCGUCGGGGAAGGGGAGAAUGGAUCGGCACCGACAUUACCAUCGAUACCCAUGGCGAAGCAUAAGAGCGGUGCUAUAUGGUCCAUGAAAUUCAGUAAGGACGGAAAAUACCUUGCAGUGGCCGGGCAGGAUAAGAUUGUAACUGUGUGGGAGGUUCUAUGUUCCGAAGAUGAUCGUAGGGAACAUGAAGAAGAGGAGAAUACGCAGGGAUUCGAUGGGGGCAACAGUGGGGGUGUCCGCUUGAACGCCCCAGUCUUCCGCGCGGAGCCUCUGAGAGAAUAUACUGGCCAUACAGCGGACAUCCUUGACCUUAGCUGGAGUAAGAAUAAUUUCCUGCUGUCCUCGUCAAUGGACAAGACUGUGCGGCUGUGGCACGUCAGCAGGGCGGAAUGCCUAUGCGCUUUCCAACACUCUGACUUUGUCACAUCAAUUCUGUUUCAUCCAAAAGAUGAUAGGUUCUUCCUUGCAGGUUCAUUGGAUUCCAAAUUACGAUUGUGGAGUAUUCCAGACAAGAGUGUGGCUUUCUCCGUGGAGCUGCCUGACCUGAUUACUGCCGUAGCCUUUACACCCGAUGGAAAGCACGCCAUUGCGGGCUGUCUGUCUGGACUUUGUAUAUUCUACGAAACCGAAGGACUACGGUAUCACACACAAGUUCACGUUCGUUCUUCACAUGGAAGAAACGCCAGAGGUAGCAAGAUCACAGGCAUUGAAGCCCUCAAUUACCCCCCAGAUGAUCCCAAUGGCGGGGAGAUCAAGCUUCUCAUCACAAGCAACGAUUCUCGAGUCCGAAUGUAUAACUUCCGCGACAAAAGCCUUGAAAUCAAGUUCCGCGGAAAUGAGAAUACAUGCAGCCAGAUACAUGCAACUUUCAGCGAUGAUAUGAAGUAUAUUAUUUGCGGCAGCGAAGACCGUAAAGUCUAUAUUUGGGACGUUCACGCUGGGAUUGGCGAGAAAAAAACCAAGAUCCCAGUCGAGUACUUCGAAGCACAUAACUCGAUCGUCACAUGUGCCUUAAUCGCACCUACGAAGACUCGUCAAUUGCUCGGCCAUUCUGGGGAUCCAAUCUAUGAUCUCUGCAACCCUCCUCCUGUCACAUUAAUCAGCCGUUCUGAAUCAUUCACUUCAUCUAUCAAAUCACCAGUCAGAGCACCUGAAACCUCGGCGAAAAUCGGGCGUGAUCCCAACGCAUACAUAUCCGAAAGAAUAAAGGCCUCCAAGUCCAAACCAGCCGAGGAAUCACCUGCAUAUGUCGCUCGUUCCCUCCACCUGGACGGAAAUAUUAUCGUAACUGCAGACUACAAUGGCAAGAUUAAGGUUUUCAGGCAGGACUGUGCACAUAUCAAAAGAAAGAACGAGUCCUGGGAAACAUCCUCGACCUUUUCGAAGAAAGUUCAGAUGUUUGGUAGCGGAGGGAACAAACGUGUAUCAGGUCAAUUUUCAACCCAUAACCCUCGUGAUAGCAUCCUAUCAUGGAGGAACAGCGUGCAGAGUCAGUAUAGCUACGACUCAAGGAUUGGAAGAACCUCAAUGCAAGGCGGUCGGGAGUCUGCAGGUCGUGAUUCCGCUGCCACAAGGGAGUCAACAGAUGAUAAGGAUACCAGCGUCGUAUCGUCCAGAAACAGAAGUUUAUCACCGAAGAAAAGUAUAUCCACCAUGUCAACCCAAAGUUUCGGUACUGCUUCCUCGAAUGUUAUACCCAAGAUUGCUGUUUCGGAAGUAGUCUCUGGAAAUGGAAAUGGGCCUGUGGCGACAAGGUCACGAGCUACGUCGAUUAACUCGAUUUCAAGUAGUAAUUUGAAUAUGCGCGGGAAGCUGGCCAAAGAUCAUUUGCCAUCCAUGACUAGCCCUUUGGCGAAAACAAUCUCAAACGAUCCCGCAGAUUUAAUGCUGCAGGAGAGUGGGAGAUCGUUGGCGUUCUAUAAUUUGGCAGCGGCCCCGAGUACCUCCGUGGGAUACCUGAUGGCAGACGGAUCAGACCGCCGGCCCUCUAUUAUCAGUUCGGCAGAUAAUACGGAUGAUGGAUUCAGCAGUGAGAGUGAUAAUGACGAGGCGCUGAAGUGCAAGAGAUGUGGAGGAACAUCUUUCAGGGCGAAGAAGUCGAAUCGACGGGGAGAAGCUAGACUUGUCUGCGCAAAGUAA